AUGGAUCUCGACGGGCCAGCUCUUGCGCCUCCCAAGGGUAUCAAGCCAAAUUUCGACAACCCUCCGAAUCAAAAUGGAAUGGCACAGGCUAUAUUGACUGUUUGUGCGGCCGUGGCUUCAAUAUGCCUUUUCCUACGUGCAUAUGCAAGAGUGUACUUGUUGAGGAAGGUUCAGGUUGAAGAAAUCCUGGCUGUUUGUGCCUUUGGAUGUUUCUGGGGAGCAAUUUGGGCCACUUUCGCCAUGGUCAAAAUCCCUGGAUAUUUCGUUCAUCAAUGGAAUAUUCGCCUCCGAGACACCGACGCCGUCAACUACUACGUUCUAGUCUUCGGCGUCUGCUAUUCCAUCGUCCUACCCCUUCUCAAGGUCGCCAUCCUGGUCGAAUGGUGUCGCAUGUUCGCCCCUCGAGGCCGACAAUCUGAAGGAUAUUUCUGGUGGGGUUGUGUCAUCGUCAUCUUUGUUCAAGUCACAGCGGGAAUCGCCAUCGUGAUUGCCUUGAACACGCAAUGUAUUCCUCACCAGGCGAUCUAUAAUCUCGCCAUCGAGGGGAAAUGUUUCGAUUUGUAUAAGCUGGAAGUGAGCUCGGCUACUAUUCAGCUGGCAUCCGACAUUGCUAUCAUGUUGUUGCCGCAGCAGGUGAUCUGGACGUUGAAAAUGACAUGGCGCAAGCGUAUGGGUGUGUCUGUUAUUUUUGGCCUGGGUUUGUUAGCCUGCGUCUCAGCCGCCUUCCGACUAGCCGUGACAGUCCAACACAGCGAAGCCCAGGACUCGAUAUACCACCUCGCCCCUUUGGUAUUUUGGGCUACGGCCGAAAUGUCAUGCGGCUUCUUCAUCGUCUGCCUUCCGUGUAUACCUAAGAUUUUGAAAGAAACCGGAGUCAGCCGAAACAUCAAGCGGGCUUUUGGGAUGAAGACAUCGGGAAGCAAUUCUAAGGGGGUAGAACACUACGGCACUGGCCGAUCAAAUGGACAUGCCAAGGUGGCCUCGAAGUCUGACACUUAUCACAAGAUUGACGAGGACGGACUUCCGUUGGGGACGCUGAAGGGAUCCGAGUCAACAGAGCAUUUAAAUGCUGGUAUUACUCGCACGACGAGGAUCACUGUCACGCAGGACCCUCGGACUAUCAGUGAUGAUGGGACUCGCGGUAUUCUCUAUCCAUAG